AUCAACCUCGGCCAGCGGCUUGCUCUUCAUUCAGAUUCAGACAUUGAGACUGCGUUUCAAGUUCCAAAAUGAAAGCUUGGGAGCGAGUUUGCUCAAUAAAAUUUUAAAAUUGUGUAAUUUUUUGUUAGUUUAAUUUAUUCGUAUACUGUAAACAAUGUUAGGCUCUAGACGAUAUAUUCCUGUUUUUGUGAAUCGUGCUCGUUCCCUACAAAAUGGAAGAACUUUACGGAGAAUUUCAGCAAAUGCAAUUAUUCAAAGAAGAAAAAUUAAUCAGAAGUUGUUGCAAAGUAAUUCUUCUAAUAUUUUCGGAUCGAAUACAUUCAAAAUUUACAUAAAGACGAGGCUUUUUAGCAAUGAAGCACUUCCACCCCAUACCAGAAUUCCACUUCCUGCAUUAUCACCAACCAUGGAAACUGGCACAGUGGCUAGUUGGCUAAAAGAAGAAGGUGAAAAGUUAGAAGAAGGGGAUGUCCUUGCACAAAUUGAAACAGAUAAAGCUACAAUGGAUUUUGAAACACCUGAUGAAGGCUACCUUGCAAAAAUUGUUGCUCCUGCUGGCUCAAAAGACCUUCCUGUUGGAAAGUUGGUUUGUAUUAUUGUUGAAAAUGAGGAAGAUGUUGCUGCAUUUAAAGACUUUACAGAUGAUGACAGUGGGACACCUCAAUCUCAGACAUCAGAUAGUCCAGUUGAACCACCCCCAUCUGUUACUCCAGCUCCUGUGGCCAGCACCACAACUCCUGACUCACCGCCAGCUGUGUCAUCUUCACAAACUGGCAGAGUGUUUGCAAGUCCACUUGCUCGGAAACUUGCAAAAGAGAAAGGUGUUGAUUUACCGUCUUUGUCCGGAACUGGUCCUGAUGGGAGGAUUGUUGCUAAUGAUGUGGGAACUAGCAUUCAAAGCAUUCCACAACAAUCUCCAAUUACUACAGAAGAAGAAUUUACUGACAUUCCUUUAUCAAAUGUUAGAAAGGUGAUUGCUAAAAGAUUACUAGAAUCAAAACAAACUAUACCACAUUACUAUUUAUCUGUGGAUAUACGCAUGGAUAACAUUAUUGAACUUCGUAAAGAGUUGAAUGAGUUAGUAAAGUCUGAGUAUAGGUUGUCUGUGAAUGAUUUCAUCAUAAAGGCAUCAGCCUUAUCGUGUAAACAAAUUCCCGAAGCAAAUUCCUAUUGGAUGAACGAGUUUAUCAGACAAAAUCACAAUGUUGACAUCAGUGUUGCUGUAAGCACAGAUUCUGGUUUGAUUACGCCUAUAGUUUUCAAUGCAGAUAAAAAGGGACUAGGAAAGAUAAAUUCAGAUGUUGUUUCACUUGCGAAGAGAGCUAAAGAAAACAAGUUACAGCCACACGAAUUCCAGGGUGGCACCUUUACUGUUUCAAAUCUUGGAAUGUACGGAAUAAAGAAUUUUGCUGCUGUUAUCAACCCUCCUCAGUCUUGUAUCUUAGCCGUUGGUCAGACAGAGAAAAGAAUUAUUGUUGAUGAGGAUUCAGAUCUAGGUUUUACUCAAGCUAUGAUGUUGAGUGUCACAUUAAGUUGUGAUCAUCGUGUCGUAGACGGUGCUGUUGGUGCACAAUGGUUGCAACACUUCAAGUCUUAUCUGGAAAAACCAGCUAAGCUUUUAUUAUAAGAAUGUUGAUUUUUAUUGAACAAAUUCUAUGAUACGUUCAAAAUUUUUGAAUUGGUUGAAACAAAACCAUGGAAGCGUAGUGUAUAUAAACGUUGAUCUCCUGAGCUCUAGCUGUGAGAACUCUGAUUGAACCUGUCACUCUUUAUGGUAUCGCCCUGAUUAACUUGCUGUUAAAUCCAUUUUUGGAUUUAAUCUCUCGCUUACUGGUGGUGUUAUCUAUAAGCACAAUUUUUUUUGUUCUGGUGUUUUGUACGACGCCUGAAAUUGUCGAAAAAUAACCAAUAAAAUGUACUCUGGCA